UGAAAGGCAGGGGCUGGUACAGGCCUGGCCCCAACUCUCGCCCCCAAGGUUCAGGGUCUCAGUCCCCGUACAGAGCCGACCGCUGGCACGAUGGUGGCCGUCUGGCUGGUGCACGUCGGGCAGAAGCUGCUGCUCUGGGGCGCGCUCAGCGCCAUCUCCCUGGCGGGCGUCACCCUGAUCCUGAGAUUCUUGCAGAUGAUGGCGACCUACGCGCAUAACUGGCUGCAAAUGAGGCCCAUCACCAGCGUUUCCGGCGCCUAUCCUUUGGUGGGACACUCGCUGGUCCUGAAACAAGGAGGGAAAGAGUUUUUCCAGCAGCUGAUUCAUUACAGUGAAGAAUACAGACAUGUGCCAAUGCUAAAACUCUGGCUUGGCACAGUACCAGUAAUGGCCAUGUUUAAGGCCGAAACUAUAGAGGUAAUUUUAACUAGCUCAAAGCAAAUUGACAAGUCUCAUCUGUACAGGUUCCUAGAACCAUGGCUUGGCCUAGGACUUCUUACCAGUACUGGAAACAAAUGGCGCUCCAGGAGAAAAAUGUUAACACCCACUUUCCAAUUUACCAUUCUGAAAGAAUUCUUAGAUGUCAUGAAUGAACAAGCCAACAUUUUGGUUAAUAAGCUUGAAAAACAUGUUGACGGGGAAAAAUUUAACUGCUUUUUUUACAUCACUCUUUGUGCCUUAGAUAUAAUCUGUGAAACAGCUAUGGGCAAGAGUAUUGAUGCUCAGACUAAUGAUGAUUCUGAGUAUGUUCGUGCAGUUUAUAGGAUGAGUGAUUUGCUACAUCGAAGAAUGAGGACAUUUUGGCUCUGGCAUGACGUUUUGUACCUUUUGUUUAAAGAAGGAAGGGACCACAAAAGGAACCUAAAGAUCUUACAUAAUUUUACCACCAAUGUCAAUGAACGGGGGGCCAAUGAAAUAAAGAGAGAUGAAGAACGUAAAAGUGAUGACAAGGGCACGACUCUCUCCAACAGAAAACGCAAGGCUUUUCUCGACCUGCUUUUAAAUGUGAUGGAUGAUGAAGGGAACAAGCUCAGCCUUGAGGCUAUUCGAGAAGAAGUGGACACUUUCAUGUUUGAGGGCCAUGAUACAACUGCAGCUGGAAUGAACUGGGCCUUGUACCUACUGGGUUGCUAUCCAGAAGUCCAGAAAAAAUUAGACAAUGAACUGGAUGAAGUGUUUGUGCAAAGUGGGGAAGGAAUAAUAAAGGAAAAGAGGAGAAGGUGGAAGACAUUCUAGAAAGAGAGGGUCCAGUUGCACAAUGGCAGAGUGGAGAAGUUGGAAGAUGAUAGUAAGCAUUAAAGGACAGGUGGAAUUCAGAACAUUUGUUAGAACCCAUUGAGAGGUAAAGUUGGAAAAGUAAUUUCAUGUCCAGAUGGUGUGAGGACUGGAUUUUCAUACCAAGAGGGAAGACUUUGUUUCGUAGAAUGGAGGUGAUCUAAACUUCUGGGCUCUGUUUCUGUCAUCAAUUCAGUUUUCCUGUAUCAAGUUGAAUUUCUCUCAGAUUGCCUCUGGUGGGUAAAUUGGGUGUUCUAGAAACCCAGGUUCUUUUGUAAUAUGUUCCCACUUUUGUGUUUUUUACAAUUUCUAGCCCAAUGCAGGUGUCACAAAUGCUUUUGGAUCUCACAUGAUUAGUGACACCAUUUUUACUAGAAUUUUUAUUCUGCUGCUUCUCAUGCUUUUUGCUAAUUGUGCCUCACUUCUCUUCUAU